AUGAACAACACGAAUGACAGUGACCACUGCAACACGACUGCAGACUUCCAGUUCUACCUUUUCCCCAUAAUCUACAUCCUGGCUGUGUCAGGAGGACUUCUGGGCAAUCUGAGAGCUUUGUAUGUCUUCAUCUUCAAAAUCAAACAAAUAUCACCAUCCAAUGUGUACAUCAUCAACCUUGCUGUGGCUGACACCAUCUUCCUAUGCAGCCUGCCCUUCCGUAUCCACUAUCACCUGAACAGAAAUGACUGGAUUUUCGGUGACCUUGCUUGCCGCAUCACUGGUUCUGUGUACUUCGCCAACAUUUACAUCAGCAUUGCCUUCAUGACCUGUAUUUGUGUGGACCGUUAUAUAGCCACUGUUCACCCACACACCUACCUGCGGCUACGGAACACGCGCUGCACCGUGAUGGUCAGCGCCGCCAUUUGGACGCUCACUGGGUCAGCCAUGUUAGCCUUCAUCCUUGCCGGUCCGUUUGAAACAAUCGGCAGUCGACAUAAUGGUCCAAUUCCAAGGAGCUGCUUUGAAAACUUCAGCCAGGACGAGUGGAGUAAGCGAUUGACUCCGUACAGUGCCUGUAGCCUUGUCCUCGGAUCACUAGUGCCUUCCCUUGUGAUCCUAGUGUGCUAUCCUUUGGUGGCACGUCGCAUUGCCCGCAUCCGUACGGGAACUGCCCGGGGGGCCCUGAGGCUUAUUUACGCCAUCCUGGCAAUCACGCUGCUUUGCUUCUUGCCCUACCAUGUGGUGCACUUGCUGCAUCUACUGCGGCGCACACAGUUCAUCAAGCAUUGCACUGUUGCUGAUGGUAUCUACAAGGCAAGGAGAGUGACCAUGGCUAUGGUGAGCCUAAACAGCCUACUUGAUCCCGUGCUGUACUUUUUUGCCACCAAUCACUGCAAAUGGCAAAUGCCAAGGUUCAAGAAGACCAAGGGAGUCUAUACCAUCUCUGGAUCUUUGUGA